AGAGAGAAGAUGAGAGAUCCAGAACCCUGCAGAAUCAAACACACUGAAGAUACUGAAGAACUAACAGAGUUGAUUGUAGAUAAUGAGGAGAAAGAAGAAUUGAGUGAAUUUGAGGAGAAAAAUCAUGUCAAAAGUGGAGAAAAACCAAAACAGAAAGAUUUAAAGAAAAGAAGAGCCAAGAAAUCUUUCACAUGCACUCAGUGUGGAAAGAGUUUGACAAGCAAAUAUUAUCUUGAUGUUCACAUGAGAGUUCAUACUGGAGAGAAACCGUACAUUUGUGAUCAAUGCGGGAAGAGUUUCUCACGAUCAUCAAACCUUAAGAUUCACAUGAAUAUCCACACUAGAGAGAAACCUUACACAUGCGAUCAAUGCGGGAAAACAUUUUUGUGGGCUUCAUACCUGAGCAGACACCUGAGAGUUCAUACAAAGGAGAAACCACAUUCAUGUCAUUUGUGUGGAAAGAGUUUUUCAUUUCUACAAAAUUUAAAAGUACAUCAGAAAAUACAUACUGCUGUGAGAGAGUACAUGUGCUUUGAGUGUGAAAAGACUUUUACUACAGCAAACAGUUUAAAACUGCAUGAGAGGAUCCACACUGGAGAUAAACUUUACAAGUGUUCACACUGUGACAAGAGAUUCAUUCAGUCAGCACAUCUGAAAACACACGAGAGGAUCCACACU